AUGCUUCUGUCACCUAUCUUAACGGUCCUGUCCAUCAGCAUUGUGGCCAAUGCUGUCCAUCAGAAUGAUGUGGAAUCGACCAUCACGUCCGUCUUCUAUCGAUUGCGGGCGACAGCGACGACCUUGUGUUUCAGAACAGGAGCAACGUUGAUCGGACCAGGCCAAGUCGAUGUGACCAUUCUCACCAACGGUGGAAGUGGCAUAGUCUACAGAGCAGCCAACUAUGUCAACAGUAACGACUUAGUCGUGAGUUCGGUAGAAUACGACGAAGCCAUCAAGCCAGCUUUUGCCGCCAUCCAUUUCAACGUCGUCACCAGCGGUGCUUCUCAGCCAAAUUGGCGCGUUGCUGAUCAGACAUGCUGUAUUGUCAACUCACGGGUCACUGUCAUUAUUGGCAUCAUGCCCGACACGAGGGGGCAGAUCAUCCGGUCACUAGCGAAAUCCUACAUGGACUGCGGUGGUAGCUUCUCGCCACAGCCACAUCGCUGUCCUCCUGAGCAUUUCACCGUUGACUGCAAGGCGGGCGUCGGUCAAGUGGAGAUUGUCCCCGAGCAACCGCCAAAGAUGAUCCAAUACGACAUCAAAGCAAGCGCAAGCGGCUUUUGCAAUAUCCAUCAGAAAGGCUCGCCAUGGGCAAUAACAUCAGAGACGACGCUAGCCUCGCCGAUCAUCACCGUCGUCAUUCUCUCGAAACAGUACAGAGACGAUCUCUGGUCCCAAUUCGCUUUCUUCAAUAGCGAAGGCCUUGCGGUCCUCAAAUUUGAUUCUGUCGAACCGGAUCUCCUCGUGACCUAUGUACAGUUUCGGCAACGAGGUCGAUUUGAGCCAGUGUGGUCAGCAGACAAUCAGCAGUGCUGUAUCGCCCUGCUCAUAGGAUACAUCGGGUUCGGCAUCACCGAAAGGCGAUUUACGAUCGUCGACGAGCCCAAUCUUACUGUUGCUUGUCCACCGAGUGAGCUCCAGAAGCCUUACUGCGGAGCCGCCGACUUUGAACAACUGACUGGACAAUCUGACUUGGCGACAGCUGGUCCGACCGUCCUCGGGCCUGGUGCCUUGGAGAUCCUGUUCCUGACCGACAACGGUGCAGACCCCAUCUUUCGAACACUUAGCCUGGUCAACACGGGCGAUGUGAUCAGCUUUGGCACUCGCUACGAUGAAGCCAACUGGCCAUCGACUGCAGUCCUCAAGUUCAGCCUCACGGGCUCCGGCCUAGCCCAAACAGGCUGGGUUGAAAGGGACAGAAUCUGCUGCACGCCCAAGUCAUGGAUCACUGUUGACAUUGGCGUCGUUCGAGAGACGAACGAUAUCAUGCGCAACGUACGUGUGCAAACAUCCAUCUCGUGUGGUGGCGCAUCAGCAGCCGUACCGACGAGAUGCCCAAGACAAAGCUUCAGCGUCUCUUGUACACCCGUGAGCAGCGAGAUCAAGCAAGAACCGGCAGAGGAGCCUUCAAUCAUGCUCUAUGACCUCGUCGCCUCUAGUAAUGCGGACUGUGAUGUCUGGCGGCAAGGGUAUGCUCAGGCGGGCUCACGCUACACUACCCUCUAUUCCUCUGCAGUCACCAUCGCCAUUAUUUCCAAAGUGUACAAAGCCAGCGGCCAGAUCUACGUCGAGGGAGCAUAUUUCGGAUCGAAUAUCCACAUACCUAUAACACCCAUCGAAGUAAUGGGCGAUCACGUCAUUGCCGAAUUACAGUUUCGAGAACCCGGCUUCAAACAAUCAUCAUGGAUGAGCCCAGACAGAACAUGUUGCAGCGCCUUGUUGACAACUCGGCUCGCUUUUGGUAUGAAGCAAGACAGCUUCAUGUAUCUACGCAGCGAUGUCAUGUCGAUUGCGUGUCCUCCAAAUAAAUUGGCUGAGCGUACGCCCGCGUGCAAGAAGGCAUACACCGGUAGCGGUUCAUAUGCUUGCAAGAACGUCAAGACACUCGUGGAGCGCGAAAAGGGCGGCGAGACGCAAUAG